GGUAAAUAUAUUCUCUUUACAAUGAAAGCGUUGCACCUGUAAAAGUAACCUUGGUAUUAACUUUUUGCAAGUCUCCAUACGUCUAGCUGUGUGUGGAUUGUCUUUACAUGAGCUCCUCCCCGGCUCCCGGCUGCCUCCCCCUCAGCCGCCUCAACGCAGCUGCAGGUGGAAGUGAGACUUUGCCUCAACCACAGAAACACGAACUUUCUUCAGGUUCCUGCAGGAUGAGGUCCCUCGUCAUCUUCUACUUGUGCUACCUGCUGUGCCUGGGGCUGGGCGUCGCCUGCGUGGUGUGUGUGUGCGUGUGGAACAGCCGGUGGCGCGGCGGCUUCGCCUGGGACCGAUCUGGCCUUCAGUUCAACUGGCACCCCGUGCUGAUGGUCACAGGGCUGGUGGUGCUCUAUGGCAACGGAGCAGUGUUGUACCGCAUCCCUCUCACCUGGGGUCAGAAUAAACUCCCCUGGAAGCUCCUCCAUGCAGCACUGAUGCUCCUCGCCCUGAUCCUGUCCAUCGUCGGGCUCUCUGCCGUCUUCCAGGUGCACAACGCCGGGAACACUCCCAACCUCUACUCUUUACACAGCUGGAUUGGAAUUGCUGCUGUAGCUCUGUUUGCCUUACAGUGGGUGGUGGGCAUGGCCGGCUUCCUCCUGCCCUGGACCCCGACAUCGCUGCGUAAACUCCUGAAACCAGCCCACGUGUGGUUGGGAGGCGGCAUCAUGCUGCUGAGUGUCGCCGCCUGCCUCUCCGGCAUCAAUGAGAAGCUCUUCUUUGUCCUGAGAGGAGAUACGCCGUACUCUGACCUUCCACCGGAGGCCGUCUUAGCAAACACAUUAGGAGUCUUAAUCGUAGCCUUUGGCCUGGUUGUCCUUAAGAUUUUGUCCAGCACUGAAUGGCAGAGGCCAGACUCCAGGCCUGAGGACAUGGCCUACACGCCGUUACUUCAAGAAGAAAAUUGAUGACUGAUGAUGGACUUCAAGCCUGCUCGCCGCAAAAUCCGGGUUGUUGUAAAUAUUUAUAAGAAAUAAUAUUUAAUGUUUUUUUUUUUUGUUUUUUUUUGCUUUGUCAAAGCUGUAAGAUGUUCAUAUAACAUGCCUUGAUGCACUGAAGCUGUCGACCUCUGAAGUAAAGCUGAAACUUUAACUGGG